CUUUUAUUUUGAAACGCGCCUUUGUACAUGUGACAGGAAGUGGUGCUUUCGUGUUGCUUAUUGUUGCCAGUGGUUUCGAACUGACGCUUCACUCCGGCCUGGGUGUGUCCAAACGGAGGUUUGUGCUGAAGCUGUUCAUUCAUUCGACUUUCCGUUGAUUACGGUAGUGGUCGACUGAAAUGGAUGAUUUACACCGGGCUAGCGUACUGGUCACCUCCUGCUUCAAAACUCCGGUUCACCCACAAACAAAAACACCGGUUGCUCUGUACGAGCGGAAGAAAGUCUGCAAAGCAUGUAGCUGCUUCCAGGAGUCGCUGCACAAUAUGCGGGACCACGAGAAAGAGAAUAAAUGUCAGCAUUAUUUGGAUGUAGAAGAUUCAAAGAACUACCUCACCUCAUCAAAAAAUUAUAGGCCGGUUCAAAGUCAUCUAGAUAUAAGAAAAAUGUUGAUCUCCAAUGAAGAGUAUUACAGGAAACUGGAAGAGCUUAAAAAUGCCCAUUUAGACACAAUGGCUCAACUUGAGGGCAUGUACAAAAGUAAACUGAAGUUGAGAGAAGAGGUGCAGGACAGUGAUACCGAAGAAGCAGAAUUAAAUUACAGGCAGGAGUGGAAGACUCAAAACCAGAUAACCAUUUGUGAGAAGAAUUAUUUGGACAAUGAAACACACUACAGCCAUUGCUCAAGUUACUCAGAUGUCUCAGAUGUUGUUGUCAUAGACAUUGAGGCAGAAAACAAUGAGAAAGGAGUUCUUCUGUCUCCAAGGGAACACAUAAAAAGCAUGUGGGAUGACUUCUCUAUACAUGACUAUAUAGCACAUGAAAAAUUGAGAGCACAGCUUUCUCCAAAAAGACAUAAAAUUAAAGGAAAGUCAAAAGAAUGGAGCCCAGCGAUCACCAUUCCCGAGCCUUUCCAGAUGACUGUCAGAGAAGACAAGAAGAAGAAGAAAAACAUCAAAUCUAGGUCUGAGAUUGAAUUGGAGAACUUCAUGUUGAAGAAACAAAUGGAGGAGCUGAUGGAGUGUCAGAAGAAAUUUAAGGCAAACCCAGUGCCUGCCCAUGUGUUUUUACCAUUGUAUGAAGAACUCACAGAAAGGAAUGAGGAGCGGAGACAGUUUGUGAAGGAGAGAAGUAGGGAACUUUUGUUAGCCUCACAAAAACCUUUCACUUUUAUUGAAAGAGAGGCAAAAAAGAAGGAAACAAGAAAAACACAGUUAAAAGUCUUAAUGGUAAAAAAGAAAAAAAGCACAUUUAAAGCAAAGCCUGUUCCAAAAUCAAUUUAUGAUUCAGCUUUUAAUGAUCGAUUAGAGGAGGAAGAACUUUAUCGAGAAAUUAGGAUGCAAAUGAGAGCACAGGAGCUGUUGUACAGCUCCUCUUUACCAAAAAAUAUGAUUAAUCAGCUGACUUCAAAGAAGAGAAAAGUUAAAGGAGGAGAAAAUGAGAAGGAAUUUGAAUUUCAACCAAAAAUAACAGCAGAUGUCCCAGAUUUUGAGGCAAAAUACAGAAAGUUCCAAAAACAGAUGAUGAAAAUGAAGGACAUCAAACCAGUCACUGUAUGCGAGCCCUUUAAGCUAAGAACAUCAAUGAUUCAGUCCAAUCGGGAGAAGAUCCUUGCAGACAUAGAAGCUGAGGAAAGUAAGCGGGGGGAUUCUCGUUGGCCUUACAUCACCUCCACCAAACAAACAAAGCUGGAAUACAGCAGUGCAAACUCCUCCUUGUGUGGCAGUCAAGAACUGUGUCCUGCUAAAGCUACUGAAACAUGCAGAAGGCGCCAGGAAGCAAUAAGGAACUCGCUUGAAGAGAAGAAAAAGUUGGAAGAUGAAGAAAAUAAGAGGAGAGCAAAGCAGAAACAGAGAAUGAAAAUGCUGCAGAAAAUUAUUGCAAAACGUGCUCACGCCAAUGACCCCCUUCAGAGUCUGGCUCGGAUAUCUGAGUUAAAAGUAAAGCAGUUCAGGAAACAAGAAAGACAGAGAAGAAAAGAGUAUCUGGAGGAAUUAAAAGAAAUACAAGAGCGAGUGAAGGAAAGGCCAUUAUUGCUGGAACAAGUUGCUAAGAGGAAUGCUACAAUGGCAGCAGAGAAACACUACGCAGAAACCCUAAAACAUCACGGACUAAGCGAGGAUUUCCUUCACAGUAAAGUGGCGCGGGUACUCAAGGUGUUUAAUGAUUCGCUGAUGGAGCACGAACAAAGUUUCCCCAAAGAUUCAUCCAAGGAGAUUCCCGAAGCUUAUGUGUACACAGAAUAUCCAGAUGAUUAUGAAGAUUUUGAUGAAAAUGACGAUAAAGAAAUCAAUCAUAAAGUGCUACAUCACAGUGAAAACGAUGACAGUGAAAGAGAAGAUGCCAUUAUAGAUCACUACAAAGAAAGUGAUAAUGAUGAUCCUCAAUAUGACAAUUAAGUUUCACCUCAGUUCACCAAUUAUAUGUUUACUGUUGAUUCCAAGUGUCAUCUUUCAUUUGAUGUCAGUCUAUUCUAAAAUGGCAGGCCCUCUACUUCAUUUGGAGGACACCUUUCUGUUGAUACUGACUGGUCUUUCCUCCUCAGUAGUGCGUCUUUAUCAUUUUCUUUUAAGAUAAUAAACUGAUGGUAAUAGUAAGGCGUGAAAUGUAAACCUACUACAAAUUUAGUUUUAUUGAUAUUAAAUGCUGUACUAAGGAUAAGUAGACUCGCCAAUAAACAACUGGAUAACAUUUUUGUAGUAUUGCUGCACAUUUAUUCCAGUGAAAUUAACAAAACUGUUUAUAUAAAAAAAAAAGUCCUUGCUAUUGUAACUAUUGAACGUCAGGACAGUAAAAGCAGAAUGUUGCCCUGCUACACAAUUGUUACUAACUGUAGUUUGUUGGUGUCACUAUGCAAAUUAAACCGAGCCAGAGAUAAAAAUCACAGGUAAUGGUUCAGUUUAGGUACUGCAAAAAUGCAGUCAAUUUACUGUUGUGAAUUUCCCCUUGGGAUUAAUAAAGUAUCCUAUCUAUCUAUCUAUCUAUCUAUCUAUCUAUCUAUCUAUCUAUCUAUCUAUCUAUCUAUCUAUCGAUCUAUCGAUCUAUCGAUCUAUCUAUCGUAACAAAACCUAAAAGGCUUCUUUGGGUCUUUGUAACACUUCUAGAAUAUAAGAGUAGACUGGUCGCAUAUAUCUGUGGAGUGUGGCACAUUGACAUGACUUACAGAGGAUACACAGGUCUUAUACUAAAUACAUAAUAUCAAGAGAAACGUCCCAGUUGAGCCACCUCAGACCACUCCAAAGUGAAGUUUUGUUAGGUGGUCACAUUGCAGAGAUGAUAAAACACUUUAGGGUUGAUUAGCAAGUGUUAUGAAGACCCAAAGAUCUUACUAUAAGAGUAAACGAGUAAUAGAUGCAUUUUUGCAGUACCUAAAGUAUUACCAAAUCGUAAUAUAUAUAAAACAAAGCAGACUGUAAUUUGUUUUAAAUUGUAACUCAGUUUUGCUAAAGGCCGUAAAAAGGAUCAAACAGAAAUGAAUUUCACAUUUAUGAGUAUAGCACCAAGGCACGGGUGAGUUCAGGGCAUAAAAUGUGUUUUUAUUAAUUUACCAGAUAAUUCUUUUAACUAUAAUCUGUUUCUUGUAAAAUUUUAUUUUUAUAUUUUUUUUUGGACUUCAAACACCUGAAGUCAUGACUGUAAAUGUUUAAAACUGAAAGAUAUUUGUUCAAACAUGGAAGUGAUUUUAAUAAUUUAUGUAAAAUGUUAUGAAUGUUGGGUAGGUGUGCUUUUUCUGUAUGUGUGUUUGAACAUUAUAAAUAAACUGCUUUGUCAAUUAAA